GAAAGAAGUCAUCAUGGCGGCCGUGUUCGUUCCCUUGCGGCGCGGAAUAAGAGAACUUUCUGGGAAAACAUCGUCCGUAAGGUUUCCUUUUCACAGGUAAUCAAGAUCAAGACAGUUUCACCCACGAGAGAGAACUCCCGGCCAGAAUGGAAGAACAUCCGGAAAAAAUGAAAAUCAGCCCGAAAUUUCAGACGACGUCAGUAAAUUACGGAUGAUUGUGCGUCCUUUGGGGUUCACAGUGCUAACAGGAGUAGUGAGCUUUGGAACAUGUUCAAUUAUAAACUAUGAACGAGUCAGAAAUUUGUAUGUGCAAGGGAAAAGGACAAACAAGCCUUCUCCUCAUUCUUCCAAGUCAUUUGACUUCCGCAAUAUGUUAAAUAAAUGGUGGAACUCUUUGCACGGAGGCUCAAAGACAGCAGCUGUAAUUAUCUUCAUAAACACAGCAGUGUUUUUGUUAUGGUAUCAACCUAGAUUACAUUUGUUCAUGUACCAGUGGUUUACAACAUCUCCAUUCUCAGGCUCAAGUCUGACAAUGCUGACAUCUAUCUUUAGUCAUAAAGAAAUCUGGCAUUUAUCUAUCAACAUGUUUGUGCUCUGGAAUUUUGCACCUCAUUUAGAAGCUCUUCUUGGCAAAGAACAGUUUAUUGCAUUUUACAUUACUGGAGGUGUUUUUGCUUCAUUCUUGAGUCAGGCAUGCAGAAUUGGUUUCACCAAUGCAUUUCGUGUAGGUGCUUCACUAGGAGCGUCAGGGGCAUUGCUUGCGUGUUUAUCGCUUGUGUGCAUCAAUGAACCAGAUUUGCGCUUGUCUAUUGUGUUUCUGCCGUUUUUUACAUUCCCUGCUGGAGUGGGCCUCCUAGCUGUAGCUGGCUUUGACUUGCUAGGAUUGUUGAUGCGUUGGAGAGUGUUUGAUCAUGCGGCACAUCUCGGUGGUGUUUUAUUUGGGGCGCUAUACCUAAAAUACGGAAGUUAUUACAUUUGGCAGAAGCGUGGCUGGUUCGUUUCUGAGUGGCACAAGCUGCGAGAGGGAAGCAAAAGAACUUGAAUCCUGUAACAUCUGUAGGACGCAUCUUCAGAUCUUCUGUCUUUUAAAAAUAAGAAGAAACGGGUCUGACUACGCAGAAAGUCUCCUAUAUGCGCACAUGUUGGAAACUUUACCGUCUUGUUUUAAACGAGAGCUUUGUUCAAGAAAGACAGAUUUUGGUCAAAGGGGGAAGUUUCUAAAAAACUCUUGUGCUGCGUCGGUGUGAGAGUGUAACAGGGUAAUUUAGUAUUAUCAACUGAGUUGAUGACGUAAAUUGGCCACCGUUAAGAGUUUCGAAGCUGACGUUUCGAGCGUUAGCCCUUCGUCAAAGCGAAUAAGGGCUCCCUAAAACCCCUCCCCUCCCCCCAUUCACUCUGACGAAGGGAUAACGCUCGAAACGUCAGCUUGUAGACUCUUCACAGUGGCCAAUUUACAUUAUCAACUCAGUUGACAAGACUGAAUUACCUUGGUUGCUUGAUUUACUUGAAAGAUGACAAAGUCGUAUUAAAUUUGCGAGGAGAACUUAUGGAUGGUUUCUGAUCCCGUAUUGCAUCUAAGGACCUCG